AUGCCAGAUCAUGUCGGCGAAAAGCUGGCUGCUCGGAAAAGAGCGGUCAAGGCAUGUCAACGAUGCAACGCCAGGAAGGUGAAGUGUGAUGCGGCCAGGGUAGGAUUGCCUUGCACCAGAUGCAGGGUCGACGGCAUUGAAGGAUGUGCUUUUAUCACCUCUCGUCGAGGGACAUAUGCUCGUGACCGAUCGAAAUUAAACACUUGUACACCAUCCGAGGCUCCAGCACACGACCAAACAAGUGCGCCGCUUUCACGCGAGUCUUCUAUUGCAGGGGAUGCCACAAACAAUUCCAACCCGCCCGAGCCAAAUGUCGCUCCUGCAAGUUCGAUCGUUCCAAUACCAACUCAAGCCCCAGGCAAUCUUCCGUCCGAUAGUACUGGGGAUGGCGAAGGCACAAGGAGUAACUCCUUAGUUGUGAUGUUCGAGAACUUUCUCAAGCAGCAAGGUCGAGAAGCAGAAGGCCUCGUGGGGAAACAUGGGUUUGUCCUCCUAGGAGAUUCCUCUCCCCUGACGUUCGCUCUCAAAGAAUUCCUGCCCGAGAAACGAGACGGGCUGAGGCCACAACGGCGUGCGUUGAACGAUGGGGAAGCAACAACGUCCCGGCAGGAAUCGGCUCAUCCGUCACACCUACACGCAGCGGACGUUGCUUAUCUUCAAGCCAAGGGAGCCUUCAAUGCCCCUAAUGCUGAAUGCCUGCGCGCCUUGAUUGACGCAUUCAUCGGCAGUUUUUACCCUUUGUAUUCGAUUGUCAACAAGGCAGAGUUCCUGGAACAGUAUCAAGCUGGCACCAUCCCGUGGAUCUUAUUGCAUGCUGCCUGUCUGAUUGGCGCCGCUUACUGCGACCUAAGUGUUCUCAAGAGUGCCGGAUUCAAAACUCGCCAGAGCGCGCGGCGUUUCUUCUACGACAAGGCUAAGAUUCUUUAUGAUGUCGGAUAUGAGACCAAUAGCGUCGUGCUGUUACAAGCCAUCAUUAUUUUGACAUUCUGGGGCCCCGACAUGAAGAGCUAUUGGAAUCCAUGCUCGUGGGUAGGCGUUGCUGUAACAAUUGCAGAGUCUCUCGGCAUUCAUCGCUCGAUGAUUUCAUCAUCAUCUCUUCGAGACAAGGGCUUGUUGAGGAGGAUGUGGUGGGCCAUCGCUGUUCGUGACGCCUAUUGUGGUACUCUCUUGGGUCGGCCGUUCAGAGUCAACAUGGGACAUUGUGACACCCCAAUGUUGACCAUAGAAGACUUCAGUUCUGAACAAGGUCAGGAUGAUGUUGCUGAUGAAACUCGUCUUUCCAUCCUCUACCAAAUCCAACUUGCGAAACUGUCACUGAUCCUCCGUCACAUCAUCAACGCGCAGUUCAACCAAGGGUUUUCGUCCACUCGCCAGAGUCUACACGAAAUGCUUGAUCAAUGGCGAAGCGAGCUGCCUCCUGCAAUCAACUGGUCUGACACUGGCCCUUCGACGUCAAUGUUUGCCGAAAGCCUCAAAAUCCUGUUUCACCACCACAUGAUCUACAUUUACCUCGCCCGUCAAGAUGCCUCCACAGACGAUAGUACACCACGUUUGGAUUCAGGCUCUACAACAUGCGAGAUCGCAGAGUCAGCAGCUCAGACGAUCUCAUCCACAGCACUGACGUUAAUGACAAAGUCAAUGGCCCAUUCGAUGCCGCAGGAAGUGUUUCCCGCUUUCUUUGUGGCCGGGGUCGUUUUCUUCAGGCUAAUUCGCAGAUCUUCGCCUCUCAUCGCUCAACUAGGGCAAGCAGCACUUGACAACUGCCAGAUAGUUCUAAAUGAAGUCCGGGAUUGUUGGGAUCCUGCUUUUUGGGGCCUUCGUAUCUUUGAAUUUCUCCAAGCAGGAAUCAGGAGGACGGGUGCAGUGGAUAAGAAUGCCUCCGGGACGGUUGAGUCAACAAGCCAGUUGUCGGCGGAAGGCAUGAUGGAUACGAAUGCAGGACUUGAAAACAUCAUUUCGACUCCAGAAUACUAUGCCCUGCAAAACACAUUUGAAAUGGGUCCGGCCAUCCACAAUUUCCAGACUGCCGCCCAACAAAGACAGCUUGACAUGAGUUUACAGACCCAACUAUAUGAUCGCUUUUUAGAUCCGGACAAUUACUUCAUGAUGCCAACGUCUCUUGAACCAUCGGAUUAUCAAUUCGACAUGUCUCAAUGGCGACAACCACCCAUACCUGCAGACCUGCCCUCAUAA